AUGCAAAAAACAAGAAAAAAAAACAAUGUUCAGGCAGCAUUGGACGAGUUAUUGAAAAAAGUGUUGGCGGGGUAUCAUUUAUGUUGGCCGUGUACUGUAUGUUUCGUUAGGAAAAUGGCCUCUUCGGCAGCCGGAACAAUCAGUACAAAAAUAUCCCAGUAUACACUGGAACGUGCCAACCGUACCCGGUUACUUAUUGAGAACUGCUACGCCCAAGCUCUAGCUCAAUGCCAUGAACGAGAGAAAAGGUUGCAAAAAUUGGAAGAAAAAAUGGAAAUGGAAGGUCUUUCGGAGUCGGAGAAAGUGAUACGUCGACAAGUGCACAUGGCUAAAGAAACAGAUUUUUUGCGAUUGAAAAGGACACGACUAACUGUUGCGGAUUUCACGUCGCUUAAAGUAAUUGGUCGAGGAGCUUUCGGAGAAGUACGAUUGGUUCAAAAAAUCGACACUGGUCAUGUUUAUGCAAUGAAGAUUUUACGAAAAACUGAAAUGCUUGAAAAAGAACAGACAGCUCAUGUUCGUGCAGAGCGUGAUAUACUAUCCGAGGCUGAUUGCGAAUGGGUUGUAAAGAUGUAUUUUUCGUUUCAAGAUCCACUUAACCUGUAUUUAGUUAUGGAAUUUUUGCCUGGUGGUGACAUGAUGACACUACUGAUCAAGAAGGAUACACUGUCGGAAGAUGCCACUAAAUUUUACAUUGCCGAAGCAGCGCUAGCGAUACAAGCAAUACAUAAUUUAAAUUUUAUCCAUCGUGAUAUUAAGCCAGAUAAUUUGCUACUGGAUUCAAAAUUAACCACCAUUUUUCAGGGGCACAUAAAGCUGUCAGAUUUUGGAUUGUGCACAGGUCUUAAAAAGGCUCAUCGAACCGAAUACUAUCGAAAUUGGCCAAGUCAACUGCCAAAGGAUUUUGUAACAAAACCACUUGGAUCAAAGCGAAAAGCCGAAACAUGGAAGAGAAACAGACGGGCAAUUGCUUAUUCGACGGUGGGUACACCAGAUUAUAUUGCGCCAGAAAUUUUCCAACCGAAUGGUUAUACGAAGGCAUGUGAUUGGUGGUCUCUCGGUGUUAUUAUGUAUGAAAUGCUUAUCGGUUAUCCACCGUUCUGUUCUGAAACACCUCAAGAAACAUAUCGAAAAGUUAUUAACUGGAAACAGACGUUGUUAUUUCCACCAGAAAUGCCAAUCUCUGUAGAUGCUAAAACAACGAUCAAGAAAUUCUGUUCAGAACCGGAGCAUCGUUUAGGUCAAAGUGAUGGUGUUGAAGAGCUAAAGACAUGUCAGUUUUUCCGUGGAAUCGAUUGGAACAACAUCAGGAAGUGUCCGGCACCCAUCCGUGUUGAUGUGAAAAGCAUCGAUGAUACGUCAAAUUUUGAUGAAUUCCCAGAUGCCGAUUUAAGCAUUCCUGAUUACAAACCGGAUGUUGGUGCGACUAAGCAGCAACUUGGCGAUAGAGGAGAAUUCUCAAAUUAUACUUAUCGGCGAUUUGAUGGAUUAACACAAAAUCGUCAGUUCAGAAAGAAAUGUUCCACCAAUGAAGAUGCAGGAGAUUAGUGGGCAUCAUCAGUGA